GCACGGGAGCCCGAGUACACGGGAACUGCUGGGUAAGAUUGUUGAAUAGACGAAUAGGAGUAGUUCCUGCUUUAGACCGUCUGCACUGUCAGAGCGCCCACACCCACAGGCCGCCGCCGGGGCCAUUCCUUCUCAGCUCUUUGCUGGGUGGGUGUCUCACAGGGUUUGCGGGGCUGAUGGGAAGGAUUUCCCGUCGCGGCCCCGCGCGCCCCCUGCUGGCCUCCGCGGGCCCUCCGUCGCACACCCGCGGUUUCCGUCGGCCCACAGGGAGUUGCCUGUCCCUUUAAUUGGCGCGUACCAAGUCCUUCCGGGGCCGCAUUUCCUCCCUGGGCCCCAGACGCCGGGAACCGCGGGUCGGAGGUCCCGGAGGGGGGAUGCGGGAGCAGCGCGGCGUCCUGCAGGGGCUCUGGGCCGGCAGGGCGUGAGGGGGGCGCGGGGCGGAGGCGCGCCUCUGCGGCCCUCCCCGCCCCGGGCCGUCGUCCAGUCCCAAGAUGGCGGCCACCAUGAAGAAGGCUGCAGAAGAUGUUAAUGUUACUUUUGAAGAUCAACAAAAGAUAAACAAAUUUGCACGGAAUACAAGCAGAAUCACAGAGCUAAAGGAAGAAAUAGAUGUAAAAAAGAAACAACUCCAAAAUUUAGAAGAUGCUUGUGAGGACCUCAUGCUUGCAGAAGACGACUGCUUAAUGAUACCUUAUCAAAUUGGUGAUGUUUUUAUUAGCCAUUCUCAAGAAGAAACGCAAGAAAUGUUAGAAGAAGCUAAGAAAAACUUGCAAGAAGAGAUUGAUGCCUUAGAAUCCAGAGUGGAGUCAAUUCAGCGGGUGUUAGCAGAUUUGAAAGUUCAGUUAUAUGCAAAAUUUGGGAGCAACAUAAACCUUGAAGCUGAUGAAAGUUAAACAUUUUAUAAUACUUUUUAAAUUUGUUUAAUAAACUUGAAUAUUGUUUAAAAUGAUAAUUUCCCUUCAAAUGAAAUGGAAAGCAAAACUUUCUUUUUUAAAAUUCUCAUUUAUUUAAUGGAAAUUUGCCUAUUUUCACAUGUCUUGCUUAUUUAUUUUAUAUUUUUGAAAGAAGACAGUAUUCAUCUAUGUAUUUUGCAUAAUGACUAUAUCAGUUGUAGGGGCUUUAUGUCAUGUUAUUAAAACCAGUUAAGCAAUC